AUGUCUUCCGAAACCGAUAAAAAGGCGACUAUCGCCAGCUUGCGCGAGUCGCUCUGUUCUGAGUCGACCCCGCUGCCCAUCCGCUUCCGCGCCCUUUUCUCUCUCAAGCACCUGGCAAAGCAUGAAGCCGGGGAGGAUGCAGUAGCCGCCAUCGACGCUAUCGCCGCCGCCUUCGCCUCGCCAUCUGCCCUCCUUAAACAUGAGCUUGCUUAUUGUCUCGGCCAGUCCUCCCACCCCGCUGCUAUCACGCCGCUCCGAAACGUCUUGGCGGAUCUACAAGAAGACCCCAUGUGCAGGCAUGAGGCCGCUGAAGCGCUGGGCGCGCUCGGAGACGCGAGUAAUCUAGACAUACUGCGCCGGUUUCGGGAUCGCGAGGGAGAGGAUGUUGUUAUUACAGAGACAUGCGAGAUUGCCAUCGACAGGAUAGAGUGGGAGAACUCAGAGCAACGAAAACAAGAGAAGUUGCGCAAGAGUGACUUUGCCUCCAUCGACCCCGCGCCCCCAAUGCCCGAAUCAACCCAGACUGUCGACGAACUGGAAAAGACGUUGAUGGACACAAAUGCGCCCCUCUUCCUCCGAUACCGUGCCAUGUUCGCCCUUCGCGACCUUGCCUCGCCGCCUGACCUACCGACCGCCGUUCCUGCCGUGCUCGCUCUGGCCAAGGGCUUCGCAGACUCGUCUGCCCUCUUCCGACACGAAAUUGCCUUCGUCUUUGGACAACUCUCCCAUCCCGCAUCUAUACCAUCCCUCACGGCUGCGCUGAGCAACCUGGAAGAGGUCAGUAUGGUUCGACACGAAGCAGCGGAGGCGCUGGGUAGUCUCGGCGACGAGGAAGGCGUUGAGGAAACCUUGAAGCGGUUCUUGUAUGAUAAGGAGAAGGUGGUUCGAGAAAGCGUUAUCGUAGCACUGGAUAUGGCCGACUUUGAACAGUCACAUCAAACUGAAUAUGCGCUGAUUCCCGAGGCGCCAAAGGUAGCGGCAUAG